AUGAUUUGGGAGGCCUUUGAGGCACAGUCGCAGGCUCCUGUAAUAGGUCAUUGUCUCUCUCCACCAAGUAAGGAACGAGUUAUUAAUGAUAAUAAUCCAGAUUUGAAUGACCUAGAGACGUGGCUGAGGUUCCCCGGUAUUGAUUACUCUGAUGCUUCAGUUUCGGUUGAGGACCUGGAGCAUCAUGCCGACUCCUACAAGAUUAAGCAUUCUGGUGCUGCAAGGAUGUUUUACCUUUUCUUUGAAUUGCAAGACAGUAGGAAGGACCUUGUUGUCAUUUGGUUGAUUGGAGGACUAGGGCAUAGUAGUGAAUUGGCUGUAUUUUAUGAAAAUAGGCUUUUCACUAUUGCUAAAAACUUGCCGCUCUUAUGGAUUGAGUUUAGUUGGGACAAGGCUUUCUUUGAGGAGCACUCCCAGUUUGUAGACAAUGACUUCUAUGUAACCGGAGAAUCAUAUGCUAGGCACUAUAUCCUUGCUUUUGUUGCUCGAGUUCAUCGUGGAAACAAAGCUAAUGAAGGAAUUCACAUGAAGCUUAAGGGAUUUGGAAUUGGUAAUGGGCUUACUAAUCCUCAAAUCCAGUACAAGGCAUAUACGGGUUAUGCAUUAGACAUGGGGAUAAUUGAAAUAUCUGAUUAUGACCGUGUUUACACGGUGUUUCCGGUGUGUGAAAUGGCAAUAAGGCUUUGUGGCACCUUUGGGACCCAUUCUCUCUUUCUAGCAUGGCAUACAUGGCCACCUUUGGUGGGCCACUCUUAA